AUGCUAUCAGGGGCGGACACGAUUGAAGAAGUCAGUCGUAUUCGGGAUGAAACAAUUCAAUUGUUGCGUCGAGGCUCUUUCGAGCUGAGCAAGUGGGCUUCUAAUUGUCGCAAAUUGCUCGAAGCAGUCGACAACAGAAAUGGCGAAGUAGUCAGCAUAGAUGAUCAAAGUAAUUCCUCUAUUCUAGGAAUUCAAUGGAAUCAAAUCAGCGACACCUUUCAUUUUUCAUGCAAGCUUAAUACUACUCCUGGCAUUGUAUCCAAGCGCGUCAUUUUAUCAGAAGUUUCAAGGUUGUUUGAUCCUCUCGGCCUCCUCGGCCCAGUUAUUGUUACGGCAAAACUCAUUUUACAAGAGCUGUGGCAGUCCGGGGUCCAUUGGGAUGAAUCAGUACCUCAAGAUAUUCAUUCUCACUGUUGGUCAAAACUUAGAUCACAGUUGUUCGACAUCAAUCAGUUGCAAAUUUCACGCUGUGUCAAGUCAAAUUCAAACUCCACCGUCAUUCAAGUACAUGGUUUCUGCGACGCUAGUCAACGAGCUUACGGAGCUUGCGUAUACAUUCGCGUCGAGCUUGGACUAGGCAAAUAUCAAUCUGAACUGUUAUGUUCGAGAUCUCGCGUUGCUCCCCUCAAGGCCGUGUCUCUGCCCAAGCUGGAAUUAUGCACUGCCGUUCUGUUGGCAAGACUGAUAGCCAAGGUGGAAGAGUCGUUAAGCUUCGCACGCAUUCAAACAUUUCUCUGGUCGGAUUCCACGAUCACGUUAAACUGGAUAACGUCUUCGUCUAGGAAGUGGGCUGUUUUCGUUGCCAAUCGAGUGGGCGAGAUACAGCGAUUGACCGAUCAUGGAAGUUGGCGACACAUUUCUUCGUCAAAUAAUCCCGCUGACAUUCUCUCCCGCGGCGUAAGCCCUAUGGAAUUAAUCGCCGAGUCUAAAUGGUGGCACGGCCCCGGCUUCCUCCAGCUCGAUGAUAAUCUCUGGCCGAGUAGCAGUUUCGUUCACAUGGGCGAGGAUAAGGAAAGAAGGAAGACCAUUGCGGUCGCAUCCGUCAUUGGUGAGUGUAUCGUUAGCAAAUUAACAAGCAAGUUCUCUAAUCUCAAUAAGAUAAGCCGUAUUGUGGCAUAUUGUUUGCGAUUUCGGACAAAUCGGCGUCCGGACGAGCCUAUUCGCUUGGUAUCCCCAGACGAGAAGUCACUCGCACUCUCUAUCAUGUGUCGAGCCGUACAGAAACGGACAUUCGUCGAUGAAUAUAGAGCUUUGAACGGUGGGAGCAACAUUAGUCUCUCAAGUAAUUUACUGUCGUUGUCUCCAUUCAUGGACGAGGCAGGUUUAAUGCGGGUCGGUGGCAGAUUAAAAAAUGCUAACAUAUCUUUCGACUCGUGUCAUCCGAUUUUACUGCCGCGCAGCGACAAUUUAACUAGACUUAUCAUAGAGCAUGAGCAUGUUCGCAACUUGCACGCAGGGACGCAGGCCACCAUGGCGGCCGUCAGACAGCGAUAUUGGCCGUUGGCAAUACGAUCAACAACCCAAAAAAUUGUUCAAAACUGUAUUACGUGCUUUAAAGCCAAACCACGUCAGUCGGAGGCCGUCAUGGGCUCGCUCCCGGCGAGUCGAGUUACGAUAUCCCGGCCGUUCUCUCGCUGCGGAAUCGACUACGCAGGGCCGGUGAUCUUGCGAGAGGGAAAGAGAAGAAACUCGCGAAAUCACAAAGCCUAUAUAGCGAUAUUUGUGUGCUUUACUACGGAGGCGGUUCACGUUGAGCUCGUAAGUGAUCUCACGACCGAAGCUUUCCUUGGAGCAUUCAGGCGAUUUAUCUCGCAAAGGGGGAGGCCGGCUCAUAUGUUUUCCGAUAAUGGAACCAUCGUAGGCGCACAAAACCGACUUAGUGAAUUCUACAAAAUUUAUAACGAGCAACAAAUACAAUCAGAUAUUAAGCGAUUCUUCUAUGAUCAGGAAAUUUCUUGGAGUUUUAUACUUCCUAACACCCCUCAUUUCGGCGGGCUUUGGGAGGCAGCAGUUAAGUCUGCGAAGUUUCACAUGGCCCGAAUCAUAGGCAAUGCUCACUUAACAUUCGAAGAGAUGCAGACUUCACUCUGUAAAAUCGAGGCGAUUUUAAAUUCACGCCCUAUCACGCCUUUGAGUUCGGAUCCAAACGACUUAGAAUAUAUCACAUCGGGUCAUUUUCUGGUCGGCACGACUCUAAACAGUUUUCCUUACAGCGACCUAAGCAACGUUCCUGAGAACCGCCUUGUGCGCUGGCAAAGGGUAGAGCAGCUUCGACAGCACUUUUGGGAGCGGUGGAGUACAGAGUACCUCCACUCCUUGCAGGAACGCACUAAGUGGAGGAGUAGCAAGGGAGCGCAAUUAUCACCAAAUCAAAUGGUACUAGUAAGACAACAAAAUUUAGCACCAAUGCAGUGGGUUCUGGGUCGCGUCCAGGAAACUCAUCCAGGGUCGGACGGGGUGGCGAGAACAGCCACAAUUAAAACUGCCAAAGGUGUUUUCGUGCGUCCGCUAUCGCGGCUUGCGAUAUUGCCAAUAGACAAUUGA